GUGAGAGAGAGAGGGAGGGGGGAGGAGAGAGAUAUGGAGGGGUGCCGGUCGCUUCCUCUCUCUUUCGUCCUUCUUCCACUCCUCUGGAUCCCACGAUCCCUUUGCUCGCGACCGCUAAUUGGUUUUGUUGUAGGGGAUUUUGAGAAUUUAUAUCAGAUUUGAGAUUGGAUCUAGAGAUCGUAUCCAUCUGUUGGUUUUUUGUUUAUACUACACAUUGACAUAGUUGCCUAAGUUUGACAUUCCAUCAACCAAUCGCAAUGUGGAGUUUUGCAUCAAAUGCCAUCGCCGGAAGUUUAAGCCCAAAGAAGACCUACCAAAAAUCAAGCGCAUCCAAUCUUGAUUGCUCAGAUGAUGAGGUUUCUUCAUGCACCAGCAGAGAAGAAGGUCUGGAUUGUCCAAUAUGCUGCGAAUCAUUUAAUAUUGUCGAGAAUGUGCCUUACGUUUUGUGGUGUGGCCAUACCUUAUGCAAGAAUUGCGUCUUCGGACUUCAGUGGGCUGUUGUUAAAUUUCCAACUGUACCAAUCCAGCUACCUUUCUUCAUCUCCUGCCCAUGGUGCAAUCUUCUGUCAUUUCGGCUGGUUUACAAGGGUAAUCUCACAUUUCCCCGCAAAAACUACUUCCUACUCUGGAUGUUAGAGAGCAUGAAUGGCAAUAGAGUGAAGUCUCAGUCCUCAGUCUGUGGGGAGCACCAUCUUGUCUGCCCUUCAAGUAAUGCUUACCGCCAUCACAGCGCACAAAGAGCUCCAAAUAUGCAUGCAGAACACUCCCGUGCCGAUCAGAAUCAUGCUGGCCUAGUCAGUAACUACUUCAGUUCAGAGAGGAUCCAUGCUUCCCUACGUAAAUCGCUUGCGUUCUUUGUUCGCGUAACUGCUAAGUUCCCACUCAUAAUCAUCUUUCUUCUCAUAGUCCUGUAUGCCAUCCCUGCUAGUGCUGCCAUUUUAGCCCUGUACAUCCUUGUCACUGUCCUGUUUGCAUUACCAUCCUUUUUCAUACUAUAUUUUGCAUUUCCUAGCUUGGAUUGGCUUGUCAAAGAGAUCUUUACCUAGUGGUUUCUCCUUCCAUCCAAACCAGAGCUAGAGGUUGACAGGGUUAUUAGCCAGUGAAGCGCAUGGAAUAUAUUCAUUGUCAUGCAGGUUUCCUCUGCAAUGAUGUACAAAAUAGUCAUCUGGUGCAUGGUCAGGUGCUCAAUGUAUGUUGUUUUGGACAACUAGUUACUGGUUACUCCAUGUUGUGUUGCCCAUAGAUCGGUUGGAGCUUGGUGAGUAAUACAUGUCAUUCAAGGUAUUGGCAUCAUGUUUGACUGAGGGAUCAGUUACUUUUUUCUUUUCCUCCACCUUUGGGAAUCAAAUGUGGUCAUCUUGAUGGAAAAAGCCCUUGAAUCAUUUGUCUGUUCCAGUUAUUGGGCUAUUGUGCAUGACAGUGCUUUCUUGAUUCAUGGCUUGUGAUUGUUGAUUGUACUGGUGGUCUAUGUAUGAUAUAUCUAGUUCCUUUUUGAGUAUAUGUAUGGCUAUUUUUGUUUGGGUUUAA